GCCAAGGCCAAGUGCAUUGUGUCUGGCGGCGGCGCGCGAGCCCACCAGCGGCCCGGGAAGCCAUGGAGCCGCGGGCGCUGGUCACGGCGCUCAGCCUCGGCCUCAGCCUCUGCUCGCUGGGGCUGCUCGUCACGGCCAUCUUCACGGACCACUGGUACGAGACCGACCCCCGGCGCCACAAGGAGAGCUGCGAGCGCAGCCGAGCCGGCGCCGACCCCCCGGACCAGAAGAACCGCCUGAUGCCGCUGUCGCACCUGCCGCUGCGGGACUCGCCCCCUCUGGGGCGCCGGCUGCUCCCCGGGGGCCCCGGGCGCGCCGACCCCGAGUCCUGGCGCUCGCUGCUGGGGCUCGGCGGGCUGGACGCCGAGUGCGGCCGGCCGCUCUUCGCCACCUAUUCGGGCCUCUGGAGGAAGUGCUACUUCCUGGGCAUCGACAGGGACAUCGACACCCUCAUCCUGAAAGGUAUUGCACAGAGAUGCACAGCCAUCAAGUACCACUUUUCUCAGCCAAUCCGCUUACGAAAUAUUCCUUUCAAUUUGACCAAGACAAUACAGCAAGAUGAAUGGCACCUGCUUCAUUUAAGAAGAAUCACUGCCGGCUUCCUGGGCAUGGCGGUGGCCGUCCUACUGUGCGGCUGCAUCGUGGCCACGGUCAGUUUUUUCUGGGAGGAGAGCCUGACGCAGCACGUGGCUGGGCUCCUCUUCCUCAUGACAGGCAUAUUUUGUACCAUUUCCCUGUGCACGUAUGCUGCCAGUAUCUCCUAUGAUCUGAACCGGCUCCCGAAGCUAAUUUAUAGCCUGCCUGAUGAUGUGGAACAUGGCUACAGCUGGUCAAUCUUUUGCGCCUGGUGCAGUUUGGGCUUUAUUGUGACAGCCGGAGGUCUCUGCAUCGCUUACCCGUUUAUUAGCCGGACCAAGAUCGCGCAUCUAAAGUCUGGCCGGGACUCCACGGUAUGACUGUCUGCGGUCAAGUUCACUGCUGAGAUGCCCAGCCAGAGGCUCCCGAGGGAAGGGGCCAGAACUCAAGUCAGGAUUCCAAGCACAAAGUGAUCAAAACAUUCCAACCUGUUGCCUGCCAACCCUUCCUGGAUGACUGAUUGAAAAUCAUGCAAAACCUCUCAACCUUCCUAGGGACGUGAAUACUGUGGAUUAAAGUGCUUUAAUGACAAUGCUCUGUGUGAAGUGGGGAGCAGUGCCACGGAACACUUCUAAGCUUAGCAAAGGGAAACUCAGUGUGGUUUCCAUUCAUUUCAGAAUGAUUGUAUAUACCAGUCACCUGAGAGUCAUUUCUGUUUGCAGAAUGAUUCAUUCUAAAGAGAGUAUGAUUUUCUUGUCUUUGUACCAUGCUUGUUAAAUUUCAAUGCAACAUCUUCAGAACUUGUCCUGACGGUGUCCUGUUGCAUCAGCACCACAUCCUUGUGCAUUAUUUGUGGCUGUUGCUCGUCACAGGAAGAUUCUUCUUCUGUUGCCUUAUUAUUAUUAUUUUUUAAUUGAAGUCUCUUCUCUGUCUUUGUACUGGACUCAGACUCACAAGGUUACACAGAUCAACCGUGUCGAAGAGCUAUUCAGUGAUACUAUGCAGUAUUGUUUGAAGACCUGUCUGCCGUUCCACCUUUCUCUUUAUGUUAACGGGGUUUCUGCAUUAAAUGACUGCCUCCUUGUUA